GGGCUCGAGGCCUGGCUGGGCCGCCGGGCCUUAGCCACCACGUGAGUUCCCCAGGCGUUCGCUGAGCGUGCGGUGGGCAGCAUGUCCUCCGCAGCGGCGGCUCGGAAGCGGGGAAAGCCGACUUCGGGGGCUGGGGCCGGCAAGCGGCGGCGAAAAGCCGACUCUGCCGGGGACAGGGGCAAGGCCAAGAGUGGCGGCAAGAUGAAUGAAGAGAUCCCCAGCGACUCUGAGAGUGAGAGCGUGGCUCCCAGGAGGACUGAGGAGGAGGAGGAGGAGGAGCUGGAGGAGACGGCGCAGGAGAAGAAGCUGCGCCUGGCCAAGCUCUACCUUGAGCAGCUCCGGCAUCAGGAGGAGGAGAAGGCUGAGGCUCGGGAAUUUGAAGAGGACCAGGUGGCAGGGCGCCUGAAGGAGGAUGUGCUCGAGCAGCGGGGCAGGCUGCAGAAGUCGGUGGCAAAGGAGGUCCAGGCCCCAGCCCCGGCCGACAUUCGAGUCUUACGGGGCCACCAGCUCUCUAUCACGUGCUUGGUCAUCACCCCCGACGACCUGGCCAUCUUUUCUGCCGCCAAAGACUGCACCAUCAUUAAGUGGAGCGUGGAGAGUGGACGGAAGCUUCAUGUAAUCCCACGAGCCAAGAAGGGCCCCGAGGGGCAGUCCCCUGGCCACAGCAGCCACGUCCUUUGCAUGGCUGUCUCCUCCGACGGCAAGUACCUUGCCUCAGGCGACCGCAGUAAGCUGAUUCUCAUUUGGGAGGCCCAGAGCUGCCGGCACCUCUACACCUUCACGGGACACCGGGACGCCGUGUCGGGGCUGGCCUUCCGCAGGGGCACCCACCAGCUGUACAGCACGUCCCAUGACCGCUCCGUGAAGGUGUGGAAUGUGGCCGAGAACGCCUACGUGGAGACACUCUUUGGGCACCAGGAUGCCGUGGCUGCGCUGGACGCCCUGAGCAGGGAGUGCUGUGUGACGGCCGGCGGCCGGGACGGGACAGUGCGUGUGUGGAAGAUCCCUGAGGAGUCCCAGCUUGUUUUCUACGGCCACCAGGGCUCCAUCGACAGCAUCCAGCUGGUCAACGAGGAGCACAUGGUGUCCGGCGCAGACGAUGGCUCCGUGGCCUUGUGGGGCCUCUCCAAGAAGCGGCCACUUGCCCUGCGGCGUGAGGUGCACGGGCUGCGGGGGGAGCCGGGCCUGGAGCAGCCCUUCUGGGUGACAUCAGUGGCAGCCCUGCUCAACACGGACCUUGUGGCUACAGGCUCCCACAGCUCCUGCCUGCGGCUCUGGCAGUGUGGGGAGGGCUUCCGGCAGCUUGACCUUCUCUGCGACAUCCCCCUGGUGGGCUUUAUCAACAGCCUCAAGUUCUCCAGCUCUGGGAACUUCCUGGUGGCUGGGGUGGGACAGGAGCACAGGCUUGGCCGGUGGUGGCGGAUCAAAGAAGCUCGGAACUCGGUCUGCGUCAUCCCACUCCGCAGGGCCCCCAGGCCCCCCACUGCCGGCCCCUGAUACUCCCACCCCCUUUAUUUAAGUCUUCCCGGGCCAGGUCCCCUCUCUUUGUAUUAAAAUCUUCCUCUUUUGG